CGCCCUGGACGCUGGCGGAUGCAGUCUCGUGUCGCGGUCCCCGAAAGGACUUGCAGUCCGCGCCCCCACCCGGAAGGACGACGUCUCCCGCCCCAAGGGGAACCCCGCACUAAGGCCGUAAUAGGGGCUUGUCACCACCACCACCCCCCUUUAUUUUUAUUUUAUUUUUAUUUUUAUUUUGAGACGGAGUCUCGCUCUGUCGCCCAGGCUGGAGUGCAGUGGCGCUAUCUCGACUCACUGCAACCUCCGCCUCCCGGGUUCAAGCGAUUCUCCUGCCUCAGCCGCCCGAGUGGGUGGGAUUACAGGCGUCCGCCAUCAUGCCUGGCUAAUUUUUGUAUUUUUGGUAGAGACGGGGUUUCGUCAUGUUGGCCAGGCUGGUCUUGAACUCCUGAGUCACCACCCUUUAAUGCCGCUGUCCCCAUCCUGUCCCUCCUGUGUCGGUCUCCGAACGCCCGGCUCAAGGCACUACUCGUAAUUGGAGAGGGGGAGAGCCGCGAGACCCAGAGAAAAAACAGAGCUGAAGAGCGCGUGAGGCGUCAAAGUAGGAAGCCUGCUGUGGAGCAGGAGCUGCCAGGCGAGCCUCGCGGAAGCUCCCGGGCGGGGAGGUUCUGUAAUCCAAGAUGUCUAUAAAGAGCUGGGAUAUCACUAGGAAAUCAUCUUCAUCCAGACUUAUUCCUGAGUGGAAGAACUUGAAGUUUCUCAUAAAUAAGAUCCUGAAGGACAUAAAGAUUGAUGAAGAACCAAAGAAUGAUGUGGUUCUACUGAGUGACUGGCCUGAGACUCUAUACCAGGAGUCUCACCAUCCACAGAACAAGCCUUUUGUCUGCUUCUACUACUCCAUCAAGGUCAACUGUUUUGUCUCCUUAAACUGGAUGGAACCCUGUGGAAAAAUGCAGGCAGUACUUUGGAUACAGAAAAAGGGUACAGAAAUGAAAGGAAUGGUAGAGAAGAUGAGGCUUCGCAUGAUGGAUCAGCUGCCGCCCAUUCAAGCAAUGGUCCACACAGGUUCCUACCACAUGUUAAUUGCUUACUGUGGUGACAUGCGCCUGAGGCUUUUUGGAGAUCACCGUCGAACGUUCAGAUUUCUGGGUACAGUGCCCUGUCAUUUCUCCACCAGCUGCUUCUUCUAUGAUCCAGAAGCUGAGUUGCUGCUCUCUGGUACCCUGGGGGCUGUGGUUACCUGGUUUAUCUUACCAAAUGGCAUGGGCAUCGAGAUGGCUCAAAUAGUACCUAUGGCUGAUCAUGAGCUUGUACAGGGAUUUUCCCUGAAUGGCCCCCAGGGAUCCCUGUUGGCUCUGUGUGAGGAUACAGUGAGGGUCUUCAUUCACUGGGGUCAGGGCCAGCUGGAAGAAGUGAAGAAGUUCACUCCUGUCGCCAGUGGCUCUUCCAUCACUUGCUCCUUUACUUGUGUCUCUCAGGGCAAUUUCUAUGCUGGAAACAGGGCUGGAAAGAUCCACGCUUGGGGUUUAGACCAAGAUAACUUCCUCCACAGCUUUCAAGCCCAUUCCUCAUCAGUGAUAUGUAUCCAUAGCCGGCCAGAGAUCCACACCUUACUAACAGCAGGCAGUGAAGGCAUAGUGAGGGAAUGGAAUCUCACUUAUGGGAACUUGCUGCGGCAGCUGAAUAUUGACGAGGAUCUUCAGAGACUGCAGUUUAUUGAUAAUACCACUUUUUUCUGCCAGACCACCUACAGUUUUUCAUCGCAUCACCUGCCCUACUUUUAUAGCCUCUUCAAUGUCUGUGGUUCUGCUCCCCAGCAGGUGCAGCGGGUCUGCUGCGGCCAUAACUGGACUCGGAUUCUGUGUGCCACUGAGGAUGGUUUAUUGCGCUUCUUGUCUCCAGUAACAGGGGAUCUCCUGGUUAUCACUUGGCCUCUACUUGUUAUGGAUAAGGCUUUGGCUUGGGCCUAUGACUCAGAGAGAGGAACUCUUUGUGGCAAUAGGCAGUUCAGAGGUGCUGGUGUUUGAUGCAACACGCUCUCCUUGUACAGCCAAGUAUCUUGUGUGCACUUCAGCAGACCGUAAGGAUACAGUAAGAUGCUUGGCCUAUGGGAGGUCCCAUCUGCAAAAAGGCCUAGGAGGAUUGAUGUUCUGUGGGCAUGAGAGUGGCAUUGUGAGAACCCUUUCCCACUAUAGUUGUGCCCGAAUAGAGAAGACUGUUCACUCUGGGGCAGUACUGGCAUUGUCUACCCUGGAAGGCCCUCAGGAAAACGCCUUGCUCUGUUCCUAUGGCAUGGAUAACAUCAUACACUUGACAGAGGCCGUGCUUCAGGUGAACAAGGUAGUCCUUCAGCCUGUCAGCAAAAUCCUCUGUGGCUGCCCCCUAAAACAUGUGAUACUCUUGCCAGGUUCUGUGGGUGCCAUCACUGAAAGCUACUGCUGGCAUCUCUGGCACUAUGAAGGCUUUCUGACAUCUUCAGAAUCAAAACAGAGCUUUGUGUGGAGAGAGACAAAAUGCCUGCAUGAGUGUGACAUCACUUCAUUUGAUGUCUGCCUUCCCCUGAAACUUUUUGUCACAGGUGGCAUUGAUGGCUCAGUCCGGAUCUGGGACUUCCACGGUAGACUUGUAACAGAGUUCGACUCAGCCCUGCAUUUUGGACCACUCUGCUUUGCCAAUAAUUGAGGUGACCUGUUGUUGACUUUCAACCAGAGUAUCUACAUAGUAUCUUGCUUAAAGCUGCUCCCUCCAGCUCAGCUGGUUCACCUGCGUAUCCUAAAAAAUGCAGAUGAAAUACAAGAAGUCCCUAAACCCUUCCUUCCUAGCUUCUUCUUUAUGUUUGAAACAGUAUUUGUACCCAGAUUUGUCUACCUUGGAAAAGGGCGGCAGGAAUUACAGGGGCUAGAGACCCUUGUCAACAAACGGUUCAUUGCUUUUGACAAUACUGUGCCUCAUGUUGUAGAAGAAGAGAGAAGCAUGUCCCUUGUGAUUCAAAAGACCAAAUUUCCUCUUUUGGAGGAUAAGGAUAUUGAUUUCUCUACUCUUGAUUCCAAGUAUAAUCGUCCCCGACAUGAGGUUCCUGCUCCGUUGCAGCUGGCUGGCUGGGAUGGAUUCAAUGCCUACCAAAUGCCACAGUGCUUCUUUGGUCAAGGGCGGCAAUGGCCCUUUGCUCCUGAUGGCCAUCCCCAACUCAGUGAUCCGUGCUCGCCUUUGGCCUGAGGGUACCCCAGUCUUCCUAUGCUGUGAUCUGUAUUCAUCCUACCAAGUUAAGGACUGGGACUUGUCAUCUAUGACUCUAGUAGAAGAGAAAAUUUCAAGGAGUCAACAAAAGGAUAAAUCCAAGGUGCGAAAAGGAACUUCCCUUGAUAUUCUUGAAAGCAUGGCAAACCAAAAUUGGAUGAGAAGAAAAUAUAGUGGAAGGCUUGUGGAUGAUUUAAUAGAGGCCAUCCUCAACCUCACAAUUUACUGCUCUGUAGAGGAAUACAAGAGAUAUUUUAGGGUACUUAAACGUAUUUUUGCCACUUGCCAGGUAUCUUCAGAGUUGGUUUCUAAGACUGCCCAUCGCCUCCUACAAGACACAACCCAUUCCAAUCCAUGUAUCCGUGAACUAGCCUGGGAGGCGCUGGAUAGGCUAGGCCUCAUGAACCAUCAUUUUGCUAUUCCACUGGCUAUGGGAUUGAUGGACAGUGAUGAGAAUGUGCGGGCUAAGGCCUUGUACCUUAUGGUAAGAGUCACAGGCAUCCAAACCAAGACCAGGCUGGUACACCUGCUGAAGAAACACGAAACUCUCCAGAAAAUGCAGCAAGAAAUUAUCAGAGAAAUCACUCUGGGCCAACUGCUGAAUAUUCAAGCUGAAGAUAUACAGUCCCUGCUUAUUCAUGUGGAGCAGCAGCUAAAUGAAAACUUGACCUUGUUACAAAGAGAAAAGUCAUUUACUUUUUCUUUUGAUAUACCAUGGUCUGAAGAACUUAAGGUCUUUUCUGAAGACAUGUUCAUACCUUUGUCAGAACCUGUAAAGAUCACCAAACCAAAGAAAAGAAAGAGACAUUUUCAAGCAAGGAGCAGAAAGCUUAUUAAAAAGGACCUGAGAGUUGCCAGGAAGCACAGAAAGACAAAAUUGGAAAAGUCUAGUUCUGUGUUGAUGCCUUCAGAAGAUGCAGGUGAACAAAGAGAGGCCGGGAAAUCAGAGCAAGUUGAAACCCAACAUGUUACCUUAGAGCCAGAGCUACCACUGAGUUCUCUAAGCACAGUCAAAUCCCAGGAUUAUGCUGAAACAGAGCAGGAGGUCAUUUUACAAGCUAUAGAGGCCAUGGAGGCCACAGAAGCCCUGGAGGCCACAGACGCCAUGGAAGCCAUAGAUCAAGGUAGCAUGAAAGAUUAUGGAGACGUGAUCUCUAAGCUGGAAAGAAAAGAACACAUUAAAAGGCUUUGGAAAAAGGCAAUGAGAAAAGGCAGAAUAGCAGAUGUGCUGUGGAAACAGAAAAAAGAUUUGAAGGAUAUUUCAGAGGUGACUACAGAAGAACCUAAGGAAGACAUCAUAAAAAUUGAUGAGCAAGAAGAAGGUAAAAGGAAGAAAAGUGAAAAGAAGAGCCAGGGUUUGGCUGGGACUCCUGGACGUGCAGGUAGACCAGACACCAGAUCUUGGAGGGAUGGCAUUUGUUCUCUUGUCACUUCAAGGAUAGCAAGUUCCCAUCCAGGAAUGUUAAGGGAUCUGGGCAAAGAAUUGGUAGGCCUGGCUAGGGUGACACUUGCUGACCGACAGCCCAGCUGGACUCUCUUCCAAGAGAUAUGCACCCUUUUAAAGGAUUCAAGCUCAGUCUCAUUAGAAUUAGAUGACAGAGUAUUGGAAGAAACACCCACCAUAAAAAAAAAAGUCAUUAAAGAGGCUGUCAAGGACAAAAGGACAGCAGUAUUGACAGAACGAAAGGAUAAAAAAGUGUUAAAGGAAGAUGAGGAAUUUUCUCAAGAAGGAAAGAAAAAGAAAGCUGUUUUCCCAGCAGAUCGCUUAGUCUUAGAGAAAAGGAAAUUUAAAAGAAAAAUGAGGAAACUGGCCAAGCAAGAAGGGAAAAUAGCUAAGGAAGAAAGGAAACUGACAGAGCCAGAGGAUAAAAUGCAGAGAAAGGAGAAACCAACCAAAGAUAAAAAGAAACUGACCCAUCCAGAAGAAAAAAUGGCCCAGGAAGAAGAAAUACCUGCUUCCCCACAAAAGGAAUUAAUUAUGGAAGAUCAGAAGUUAGUCCUAGAAGAAAAAAGACUAACUGGAAAAAGGGACGACUACUAGGGAAAGGAAAGGAAGUGAUCAGGAAAAAGAAGAAGCCAAUCCUGAAAAGGGAAAGGUUGGAAUGGGAAAAGAUGCAGGCCCAGGAAGAAAGCAUGAGGACCCAGGAAGAGAAAGAACUGGCUGAGGAAGAGGAGGAGCUGGCUGGGGAAGAGGAGGAGCUGGCUGAGGAAGAGGAGGAGCUGGCUGAGGAAGAGGAGGAGCUGGCUGAGGAAGACGAGGAGCUGGCUGAGGAAGAGGAGGAGCUGGCUGAGGAAGAGGAGGAGCAGGCUGAGGAAGAGGAGGAGCUGGCUGGGGAAGAGGAGGAGCUGGCUGGGGAAGAGGAGGAGCUGGCUAGGGAAGAGGAGGAGGUGGCUAAGGAAGAGGAGGAGCUGGCCUGGGAAGAGGAGGAGCUGACCUGGGAAGAGGAGGAGCUGGCCUGGGAAGAGAAGGAACUGGGUUGGGAAGAGGAGGAACUGGCUGAAGAAGAGGAGGAAGUGGCUGAGGAAAAGGAAGCACUAAUCCUAGACAUAGAGAAACAAGUUGGAGAAAGGAAGAAACACAUCUGGGAAAAGGAGAAACAUGUUGAGGAAGAGGAGAAAGAGGCCUGGGAACUGGGGAAACUGGUUCAGGAUCAUUGGUUUAGAGAAGAGGAAGGACUGUCUGGGAAAGAGAGAACAGACAUUAGAAAUGGAGAGGUUGGCAGAGCAAGAGAGUAAAUUAAUCCAAAAAGAGAAAUGGUUUGGCAAAGAGGCCCUUUAUGGGGAAUAGGAAGAACAAGACCAGACAGAGAGGCAGGCUCAAAAAGAGGAGAGCAAACAGUUAGCCUGGGAAAGAAAGAAACUGUACCUAGAAGACAAUGAAAAGUUUGGAGAACUGGAGAAAUUGUCAAAAGAAGAAGAGAAAUUAGCUCAAAAAAUGGAGCAAGAAGCUGAGAAAAGAAAACAAUGGGCCAGAGAAAAAAUAAAACAGGUCUCUGAAGAGGAAAAAAUCACAGAGGAAAUCGAGAAAGGGUCCCC